CGCUCGCAGCAGGCUAGGUUUUCGUCCCAGAUUUUUUUGAUUGGUAUCCUACGGCUUCAAACAUGCCAGGGACCAAUAAAAUUUAGUAGUGAAGACGAUUAAAAAAAAUCAAAAUUCGACGAUACACCCUAGUACAUACGUUCUAGCGGUGCUCUCACCCGAAGGUCGAGUUUUUGGCCAGGCAACUGGCAAAAAAGGAACGUUUUACUCCCUUUUCUGGGUCUACAGCGAUGUGUCACAAGUGCAUCAAAGACGAAUAUCCCACCAGGGACCGCAUGGUUUUGGAGAGUGGCAGCUUCAUACAGAACCUAUUGGCCUGCUCAGAGUGUGGCACCCGGGACAUCAAGAACGCUGACAAACAUGAGCAAGAGGAUGAGGAUGGCACAGAAGUCAUCACAUUCUCUCACCGGUGCUCGGGCUGCCGGCACGUGAUCGCCAUACACCGGCACACAUUCGCCGUGGAGGACGGGUACCAGGAGUACGCCAUGGAGUGCAGUCUGUGCGGCCACGCGCAGGACUCGCACUGCGUCCUCCCGGACGAUCCGCGGCACAGCCUGCAGGCGCAGCUGUUGUAGGCAGCGGACGAUGUGUGCUGAACCUGCAGAGGAACACCGUGAACACGAUGUGGUGUUGACUGCCGAGUGGGAAAGAUGUCGUCAGCACACGAUGGCAGACGUGAGUGUAGCUUUACCGUGUCUUUGCUAAAACACCGGCCUUACAGGUGCUCAAAAGCGUAGAGUUGAUGUCAAUUUGCUCAGCCUCACGAACGUCGUGUCGUCAUUGUUUUGUGAUCUGUUGGGUAUUAUGCCUUCCCAGCAGUGUCUUUUGAGCGUUGCUUUUGCAAUCGUGAUAGGGUCGACGGUUGUGCUUGUCACUAUAUAUGAUGUCGAAUA